CUUCCGCUCACGCUGACUCCAGCUUGCAUCAUUUCUUGUCUCUUUUGGCUGCCGGGGCCAGACAACAUAAGUCAUGGUGGAGCGGGUCCCCGAGUCCAUCAACUUUCCCUCCGAGGAGGAGAAGAUCUUACAGCUGUGGAAAGACAAGGAUUGCUUCCAGGAAUGCCUCAGACAGUCCAAGCACAGGCCCAAGUACACCUUCUACGAUGGCCCUCCUUUUGCCACAGGUCUACCCCACUAUGGACACAUCCUAGCCGGCACCAUUAAAGACAUUGUCACUCGCUUCGCACACCAGAGCGGCUUCCAUGUGGACAGACGCUUUGGAUGGGACUGUCACGGACUGCCUGUGGAGUAUGAGAUUGACAAGACUCUUGGGAUCAAAGGGCCUGAAGAUGUGGCAAAAAUGGGGAUUGCCGAGUACAACAAGCAGUGCAGAAACAUCGUCAUGAGAUACUCCAAUGAGUGGGAGAAUUCAGUGAGGAGAAUGGGAAGAUGGAUUGACUUCAAAAACGAUUACAAGACUCUCUACCCCUGGUUUAUGGAGACUGUUUGGUGGGUGUUCAGACAGCUGUAUGACAAAGGUCUGGUAUACCGAGGUGUCAAAGUCAUGCCGUUCUCCACUGCCUGCAACACUCCGCUCUCCAACUUCGAGUCCCACCAGAACUACAAGGAUGUUCAAGACCCAUCUGUGAUCGUCAGCUUCCCAUUGGUUGAGAAUGAAGACGUGGCUUUGAUCGCCUGGACGACCACCCCCUGGACACUACCAAGCAACCUGGCCCUGUGUGUUAACCCCGAGUUCCUGUACGUCAAGGUCAAAGAUAAUGCAACAGGUAAAACCUACAUCAUGAUGGAGGCCAGGCUGGGAGCUCUGUUUAAGUCAGAGAGCGAGUACACACUCCUGGACAAAUUUCCUGGUAAAACGCUGAAAGGGAAGAAAUACAAGCCUCUGUUCCAGUACUUCUCCAAGUGUGGGGAGGAAGGAGCGUUCCAGGUGGUGACAGAUAACUACGUCAAGGAGGAGGAGGGUACAGGAGUGGUCCAUCAGGCACCUUACUUUGGAGCUGAUGAUUACAGGGUGUGCACUGAAUUCAAGAUCAUCCAGAGGGACCAGGCUCCUAUCUGCCCCGUGGACGCCUCGGGCUGCUUCACUUCAGAGGUCACUGACUUUGCGGGACAGUAUGUCAAAGAUGCUGACAAGAAUAUCAUCAAGUGGCUGAAGGAGAAGGGUCGACUCGUCAAUGCCAGCAGCUUUAAACAUAGUUACCCCUUCUGCUGGAGGUCUGACACACCCCUGAUCUACAAAGCUGUCCCGAGCUGGUUUGUCCGAGUGGAGCACAUGGUGCAGAAACUGCUGGACAACAAUGACAAAUGUUACUGGGUGCCAGAGUUUGUGCGGGAGAAACGUUUCGGUAACUGGCUGAGAGACGCACGAGACUGGGCGAUCUCGAGGAACCGUUACUGGGGCACACCGAUCCCGCUCUGGGUCAGCGACGACUUCGAGGAGGUUGUGUGUGUCGGCUCCAUAGCUGAACUUGAGGAGCUGACCGGAGUCAAAGUAACUGAUCUGCAUCGGGAGAGCAUCGACAAUCUGACCAUCCCGUCACGGUGUGGUAAAGGCACCCUGCGUAGGAUCACCGAGGUGUUCGACUGCUGGUUCGAGAGCGGCAGCAUGCCUUACGCCCAAGUCCACUACCCCUUCGAAAAGAGGAAGGAGUUUGAGGACACAUUCCCAGCAGACUUCAUCGCUGAAGGCAUUGACCAGACGAGAGGAUGGUUCUACACCCUGCUCGUGCUUUCCACAGCUCUGUUCGGCAAACCACCCUUCAAGAACGUCAUUGUUAACGGACUUGUACUGGCUAGCGAUGGACAGAAGAUGAGCAAGCGCAAGAAGAACUACCCGGAUCCAGGACUCGUAGUGCAGAACUAUGGAGCUGAUGCCCUCAGACUGUACCUCAUCAACUCUCCUGUGGUGAGAGCAGAGAACCUGCGUUUCAAAGAGGAGGGUGUUCGGGACGUGUUGAAGGAUGUCUUCCUGCCGUGGUAUAACGCCUACCGCUUUCUGGUGCAGAACGUACAAAGGUUACAGAAGGAGGAUGACGUUCAGUUCCUGUACAAUGAAAACACAGCAAAGCAGAGUGACAACAUCAUGGAUAAAUGGAUCCAGUCCUUCACUCAGUCCCUCGUCCAGUUCUUCAAGACUGAGAUGGACGCUUACCGUCUGUAUACAGUGGUUCCUCGCCUGGUCAAGUUUGUGGACAUGCUCACCAACUGGUACGUCAGGACCAACAGACGUCGUCUGAAGGGAGAGAGUGGCACUGAGGACUGCCUGUGGGCGCUGGAAACCCUCUUCAGUGUCCUGUUUUCCAUGUGCAGGCUGAUGGCCCCCUUCACACCUUUCAUUACAGAGGUGAUGUACCAAAACCUGCGUCACCUCAUCGACCCUGCCUCUGUGGAAGAGAAGGACGCCAGCAGCAUCCACUAUCUCAUGCUGCCACAAGCCAGAGAGAAUUUGAUUGACAAGCGCAUUGAGAGUGCUGUCUCCCAGAUGCAGUCUGUGAUUGAGCUGGGCAGAGUGAUCAGAGACCGGAAGACCUUGCCCGUCAAGUACCCGUUGAAGGAGGUGGUGGUCAUUCACCAGGACCCAGAGGCUCUGAAAGACAUCCAGUCCCUGCAGAAAUACAUACUUGAAGAGCUCAAUGUGCGACAGUUGACGAUGUCUACAGAUAAGGACAAGUAUGGUAUCAGUCUGAGAGCCGAGCCAGACCACAUGGUGCUGGGCAAGAGACUAAAGGGAGCCUUCAAAGCCAUCACUGCUUCUAUCAAGGAGCUCACCAGCACGCAGCUCGAGUCCUUCCAGAAAACAGGAUCCAUCAUGGUUGACGGACAUGAGCUCCAUGAGGAGGACCUGAGGCUGAUGUACACCUUCAACCAGAGCUCUGGCUCAGCCGCGCAGUAUGAAGCACACUCUGAUGCACAGGUCCUGGUGCUGCUCGAUGUCACCCCGGACCAGUCCAUGCUGGAUGAGGGCGUUGCUCGAGAGGUCAUCAACCGCAUUCAGAAACUACGCAAGAAGGGUCAUUUGGUUCCAUCAGAUGAGAUUACUGUGUACUACCGCUGUCAGCCAGAGGGGGAGUACUUGAGCUCUGUGAUCCAGGCCCACACUGACUUUAUCCUGGCUACCACCAAGGCUCCAAUGCUGCCCUUCCCUGUCCCCAAGACAGCCAGCGUCAUCAUAGAGGAAAAGACUCAGCUAAAGGGCUCAGAUUUGGAGUUAAUAAUCGUAAAGGGAUGUUCAGCCCCUCGCAUUCAGCUAAAUGGACCAGCCUGCUCCUACGUGAACCUCAGAGUGACGGUCAACAACAAAGAACAAGAGGGGGUCGUGCUGUUGGAGAACCCCAAAGGGGAUAACAGACUGGGCUUGGACCUGCUGAAGAAAGUGUGUGGCAGCAUCUUUGGUACCAAUAACACCCAACUCAGAGUCUUCAACGACAAGACCGAGUUGACCAGCAAAACAGACCUUCAGACUCUCAAUGGUAAAACUCUGUCAGUGACUUCGGGUUCUUCCUCCCCUGGAUCCGCCCCCACCACUGACACCCUUCUGUGUCCUUACGUAAACCUGCUGCUCUGUAACGCACAACCGGCUGAGUGCCAGUCAGGAGACGCAGGCACCCUCCUUUUGGUGAACCCAGUGGGCAAGAACGGGCUCGACCACUCAGGUCUGCUGUCUGAGGCUGCCAAGGUGUUCGGCCUCCGCAGCAGACGACUCAAACUCUACCUGGACCAGGACCUCACACAGGAGCUGCCGGCUGAUUCAUCAGUGAAAUCUCUAAACACCAAAACUCUGUUUGUGAGAGUUCUUCCAACAACAGCCGAAGCAUAAAUCCAGAGAAGCCAUGUCGGGAUCCUGGCAUCUCUUGUAGGUUCCCUGAACAGAGUUUUUUUACCCCUUAAAUCUUAGGAAUAAGCCCCCUUUAAAGUAUAGUCAAGUCAUAAUCUUUUCUUGGAAUCCAGAUGCAAAAAAGGUUUAUCUAUCAAGUUCAAAACGUUUAUUCUACAGUCACUAUCGUCAAUGUCUUAACAUUUCUUCAGACAUCUCCGGCACAAAAUUUGCCAGCCUAAAGAUGUCUUGGAAUUUUGAUGUGAAACAAAAGCUCUAAUUAAUCAUCGCAUAUAGCCAAGUCAUACAAUACUGUUCUCCCUGUCGCAGUUUUAAGACUUCAUCUUUAAUUUGUCACUUAUUAUAGUAACUGACACUUUAAUGGAAGCACAAUGUGUUGCUUCUUAACAGAAGAAAAGAUUUACAUAAUUUCUUCACAUUAAAGUGGAUGUACUUCUAUAACAGACAAUUACAUGCGACAGCUGAAUAGAUCUGCUGGAUAAAUGUGUGAUGAGGCUGGUUACAGAAAGUAGGAUGGAUGGAAAGCCAAACAUCAAACUCUUCCUGGAAAUAAGGAUUCAAGGGUACUGUCUAACCUGUCUAGCUGUCAGUAUUGCCAAUGGGUGUUUUCCUUUCUUAUGCUAAUUAGGACAUAUUAUGCAAGCUACUUCCCUUCAAGGCUUAUUUGAGGUGAGCUUAGUCCACAGUAAUUAUUGCUGCUGCUCAUUAUUGGGAAACCAAUUUGGCCUAUUGUGCUUCAACAGAUUUUUGAAUUUAACAGAUAAACCUAUUCUGCUUAUUCAUUGCAUUGGGAAUCCUUUGACAAUUGUAAAGGAAUUUAAAAGGUAAAAUGGAUUUUCGGGCUGCUGAAUCUACAGGACAAAGGGGUCUCUAAUAAAAAAAAAAAAUCAACACAUUGAGAAUGUUCUAUUUUAAGUGACAAAUGGAAUAAAUCGAAUGUGACUAAAAUUC